AUGAUUAAUCCCAGCAUUAAUUACGCGUAUUUAACUGAUGUUGAAAUGCAACUUUUACAACAAUGCGCUUACCAAUUAACUCUUUCGCUUAACGAAUUAACCAAAUCAGCAGUAAAAAAACGUCGUAAUCCACCACGGCCACAAAAUAGUUGGAUAAUUUUCCGAAGAGAUUAUGAAGCGUAUUUACGUUUAUGUAAUCAAAAUGUCAAAUCAAAAGUUAAAGAAACAGCAAAGGAAUGCAGUUUAAAGUGGCGAAAUCUAUCAAGCGAAGUCAAGCAUUUCUUCAAAAUAUUGGAGAAAAUAGCUUGUGAGAAUCAUAAACGUACAUAUCCCAAUUAUAAAUAUAAGCCAAAACAUGCAAAAAAUACAAGCCAUAAAGAAUUUAUUUUUCGAGAACAGAAAAAAUAUGUAUCUAUUUCGCCAACUAAGCUUAGUACAAUAACUUCUAAUUCACCUCAAGAACCAAUACAAAUCAACAGGCCGCCAUAUUUAAUUUACAAUUCACCUCAAGAAACAAUUCAAAUCUACGAGCCGCCAUCUUUAACUUCCAAUUCACCUCAAGAACCAAUACAAACUCAAGAACCAGUACAAAUCGACAGUUCGCCAUCUUUGACUUCCAAUUCACCUAAAGAACCAAUACAAAUUGACAGGCUGCCAUUUUUAACACUAGCAAUUUAUAAUAAUCAAGACUAUACUAAUAACUUUACGACAGGCAUCUAUAACCAACAAGAUUAUAGUAAUGACUUUACAACGACCAUUUAUAAUCAACAAGACUAUACGACAGCAAUCUAUAAUCAACAAGAUUAUACUAAUGAUUUAGCUCAAAAUUCGCUCGACAACACGAAUUUUUCUUCGCUGAAAGUGAUGAAAAUAUCUUCACCUUUAACACAAUCACAAUCACUCACACAACUAUUUAUGACAAAAUAUGAUUCAUGUCAUUUUUAA